AUGUCAAACGCUAAUAAGCCACCUCUUGUAAUUAUCCAUCCCCUUGUGUUGAUCUCAGUAGUAGAUCACUAUAAUCGUAUCAUUUCCAAAACGCAACAACCCAGAGUAGUUGGUGCAUUGUUGGGUGAAAGAAAGGCUGAUGGUGUGAUUGAUAUCACUAACAGUUAUGCUCUCCCAUUUGAGGAGGAUCCAAAGGAUUAGAAUAUUUGGUAUUUGGAUCACAUUUACAAUGAAACACUAUUUGAAUUACAUAGAAAAAUUAACAUAAAUGAGAAGAUAGUUGGAUGGUAUUCUACAGGAUCCAGAUUCAAACCCAAUGACAUUCAAAUCAAUCAAAUAUUUUACAAGUACACAUCUACUCCAAUUUUUGUGAUCAUCGAUGUUCAUCAAUUUGAUCCAUUAUCACUUCCAACUGAAGCCUAUACAUCAGUUGAUGAGAUCUCUAAAUCAGGAGAAAUAAUCUAAAACUUUGUGCACAUCCCCUCCACUGUAUAAGCAUUUGAACCUGAAGAAAUCGGAGUUGAAUAACUUUUAAGAGAAAUCAAUAAUGUAGACACUCAAUCACUUUCAGCCAAAGCAGAACAAAAAAUCAAUGGAGUCAAAGGAAUGAAUAAGAAGAUUGCUCAAAUUUAAUAAUACUUAACUCUCAUUUAAUAAGGCAAAGUCAAACCUAAUUAACUCAUUAUCAACAAUCUACAAGAAAUCCUUAAUUACUUGCCAAAUUUAGGCUCAUAAGACGUAGUUCAAGCAUUCACUACCAAAAACAAUGACAAUAUGUUGACAAUAUAUUUGGCCUCUUUAAUGAGAAGCAUCAUUGCCUAUCACAACUUAAUCAAUAAUUAAGCUUAAUAAGAGAAAAAAGUAAAGUGAUAUUUAGUUCAUAUAUCUAUAUAUUUAUUCCCAUAAAUCAAUAAGAUUUAACAAUA